UGAGGACCAGUACACUUGGAGACGUGUAGCAGUGGCGCCCCGCAUUGGCCACAAAGAGUCAGCACAGAGGAAGGAGGCGUAUCAGACAGCCGGUGGAAAUCAUCCCCGUGUCCGCCACAGGACCUGCCCCAGGACAGGACGGCUGCUCUCCGUCCGUGCCUGAGUAACACACUUUUAAAACAACAUGAGCAGGCCUGUCGUGCCGUUGACCUUCUGGUAACAUUCAUGAAAAUGCCAUAUGUGUGUUGCUCUGUGCUAGAAGAUGGCGGAGUCGGAUGGUGGGGAUUUUGCUUCAAAACAUCCUCAGAGCAGUAUGGCUAACAAGAAUAGCACCCUGCGCUGUACAUUCUCAGCACCAAGCCACAGUGCCACCCUCCUCCAGGGCUUGUCGGUCUUGCGAGCUCAGGGCCAACUACUUGAUGUCGUGCUGGCCGUCAAUGAGGAGCGCUUCCAGGUCCACAAAGCUGUGCUGGCCGCCUGUAGUGAUUACUUCAGAGCUAUGUUUACUGGAGGCAUGAGGGAGUCAAAUCAAGAUACCAUUGAGCUGAAGGGCUUGUCCGCCCGUGGGCUGAAACAUAUUAUUGACUUUGCCUACAGUGCAGAAGUCACUUUAGACCUAGACUGUAUUCAGGAUGUCCUUGGGGCAGCUGUGUUUCUCCAAAUGGUGCCAGUCGUAGAGCUUUGCGAGGAGUUCCUCAAGUCAGCGAUGAGUGUGGAGACCUGCCUGCACAUUGGCCAGAUGGCCACCACCUUCAGCCUGUCUUCCCUCAAAGAGUCAGUGGAUGCCUUCACCUUCCGCCACUUCCUCCAGAUUGCAGAGGAGGAAGACUUUCUGCACAUUCCCAUGGAACGCCUCGUCUUCUUCCUGCAGAGCAACAAACUGAAGAACUGUAGCGAGAUCGACCUCUUCCACGCCGCCAUCAGGUGGCUUCGGUAUGAUGAGACUCGCCGGGCUCAAGCCAGCAACGUCCUCUGCCACAUUCGCUUCCCGCUCAUGCGCUCCUCCGAGCUGGUGGAUAGCGUUCAGACAGUGGACAUCAUGGUGGAGGAUGUGCUGUGCCGGCAGUAUCUCCUCGAGGCCUUCAAUUACCAGAUUCUCCCCUUCAGACAGCAUGAGAUGCAGUCUUCGCGGACGCUUAUACGUUCUGACGUCAUGUCACUUAUCACUUUUGGCGGGACACCUUACACUGACAACGACCGCACAGUGAGCACCAAGGUGUACCAUCUCCCUGACAUCGCUUCACGGCAAUUCAAAGAGCUGACAGAGAUGGAGGCGGGAUGCAGCCACGCUUGUGUCGCCGUACUUGACAACUUUGUGUACGUAGUCGGUGGACAGCACUUACAGUACCGCAGCGGCGAGGGGGCAGUGGAUAGCUGUUAUCGCUACGACCCACAUCUGAGCCAGUGGCUGCGAAUCCAACCCAUGCAGGAAGCACGAAUCCAGUUUCAGCUCAAUGUGCUGCAUGGGCAGCUGUACGCCACAGGAGGGCGCAAUAGAUCUGGCAGUCUGUCAUCUGUAGAGUGUUACUGCCCAAAGAAAAACAAGUGGACUUAUGUGGAACCAUUAAAACGCAGGAUUUGGGGUCAUGCAGGGACUCCCUGUGGAGAGAAGCUGUAUAUCUCAGGCGGUUAUGGCGUCUCGUUGGAUGACAAGAAAACGCUUCACUGCUAUGACCCAGCUUUGGACCAGUGGGACUUUAGAGCUCCCAUGAAUGAACCCAGAGUGCUGCAUGCCAUGAUCAGCACCAGGGACAGGGUUUAUGCUCUAGGCGGUCGCAUGGACCAUGUGGACCGUUGUUUUGAUGUGCUUGCAGUCGAGUAUUACAUUCCAGAGAAUGACCAGUGGACCACCGUCAGUCCCAUGAGAGCAGGGCAGUCUGAGGCAGGCUGCUGUUUACUGGACAGGAAGAUCUACAUCGUCGGCGGCUACAACUGGCACCUGAACAAUGUCACAAGCAUUGUGCAGGUGUACAACACAGAGACGGAUGAGUGGGAGAGGGAUUUGCACUUCCCAGAAUCCUUUGCUGGCAUUGCUUGUACACCAAUAAUAAUUCCACAAAACACCACAACACGCUAACCAUGUGACCUGUGACUGUGAAGAUUUUAUUCCAUGUGGUCUUUCUGCCGACCAUCGAGUCAACACAAGGUGUGAGCAUUACUGAGCGAAAUGUGUGUGAAAGAGUAUUUUUUUUUCUAUCCUUGUAAUUAAUUAAGAGAUUAACCUUCAUUAAUUGAGCACAUUUUUGAGUAGAAUUUUCUUGUACGUGUAAACUUUUAAUGCUGAGACACUUUUAUGACACUGAUUUUGUGUUUGACAAAUACAUUUUAUUUUGCUGAGUUUGAGCAACUUCCUGUUUGAAUUCCAUAAUAAUAAUGAUUAUAAAUGUUACCUACUUUUUUUUCUUUUUCCAGAUUUGCCAAUCAAGGGCUUAAGUUACGUUUAAGUCAAAUUUUGUUUCGACAUUUUGAUUGUACAGCUGUGAAUGUUUUAUUUGUUGUUUGCUUCUUUUUUAUCCUGUAAUAUUUAGUUUGUUAUGAUUUUAUUCAAACAAUCUGAAAUGUUACUGCUCUAUGUUUCCUCAAAUCUAUACUACAUAUCAAUGCACAAAUGAACACGAGUAGUGGUUGUGUUUUUAACUUGGAAUCAGUUAUUCCAUGUGGGUGUUAAUGACUUUUUUUCCUGUGUUUCCUGUGCUGGCACCCCCACUGACACACUAAUUGUUUUCUGAGUCAACAUAACAAAACAUCUCUUAUGGCAGCUACAUAAAUCAUUUAUGUGUGCGUCUGCUGGAAUGUCAGUGUAUGCUGCUCUUUAUGUUAAACAAGUGCUACAUUUUGUGUACCACACAUGCUAUUGUCCCUCGAUUAAAACAAUAACAUGUUAUAUUUAUUAAUGCACAUUUAAUAUUUGAACUAUUUCCCCAGAAAAACUGCUUGAACUGCACAAUGUUACCUGCUUGUGUUUUUAUUUUGACUGCAUUGCUGCACUUUUCGAGGCAGCAUUUAUCAGACAUCUGAUUCAGCUGCUGAAGUUAUUGAUGUA